AUGGAACGCCAGAGAUGGAGAAAACGACAAAUUUAUGACGGUGCCACUGAGUCAUAUUCGUAUCGUGGUGAUGGCGCUAUAUCUCUUGCCAGUUUUGCUCAUAAAUUCGAUCAGAUAGAAGAUAACGAACAAGUAAUAAUUAUAUUCACAAAAAAUGGACCUAUUGAUCAAUUGAUGGAACGAAUUUCUGCAAGAAAGUCAAAAAAUCGUGGUAUAUUUCGUGAUGUAUUGAUUGUAAUCAAUGGUGGAAUAUCUGAUAUUCCAACAAAACUAAUGCAAUCUGUACCAUUUGUUAAAUUUGAUUUAAAUGAACAGAAAAUACCAAGUGAAAAAGAUAUUACUGAAAUUAUGUUUUACUUAGAUAAUAUGAACAUCGUAUCAAACAAUUAUACAGAAUUUUUUCCCAGUAUCGAAGGUUUACUGGAAGACAAAGAUAUUGUGAAUACAAGUCUUGGUAAAGGUUUAGCCGUUGCCUUUUAUUAUAAUUAUGCAAAACUAAUCGCAACAACAAUGGGUAAACUUCCGAGGGGGAAAAAGCAGCUCCCGACAAAUAACACCUUUGCUAUUGCUUAUUUUUGUUGUGUAGAUCAUAGUGUCCGUGUUAAAAUGGUCAGAGAUGCAGUAGCAAAUGAAGAGAUACCUGACGACACACAGCUUAUAUUUAUCGAUAAAUGGGUAUUUGUUUUGCCAUGGACAACAACAGAGUCAAAUAAGCUUUUGGAAAAAUGCUGUGAUGUCAAAAACAGAGAUUUUCAACUAUCCUCAUGGAUUGCAAAAAAAUUGGAUGUUCAUAAGGGGGUUUCUUAUACUGUUGGUGGAAUGGUUGCCAGAGAUUAUACGACACAAAAUUUUUAUAAAUUAACAAAAUCAGCUCAAAAUAAGGUAAAACUGUUGCAUUUUUCGGAUUUCUUGUGAAAACCUUAUUGUGAAAUAAUGUUGUUUUAGGGACUUACGAGGGAACUGCCCCAAGUGUCCGCUCGCUUUUUUCUUGAAAUCUAGUGGAGAAUAGGUUAUCGACUAUGCUGAUUCCGAAUAUGACAAUAGUUUUUGCUGCUAGGCCUUCGGAGACCUGGUUUUCCAGAAAAUCAGUUUUUCAGAAACCCCAAAAAAUAACCCGAACCUUUCUUAAUGAGGCAUGAUUGUAGCCCGCACAUUUCUGAUUAAAAUGAG